GAACUGAGACCACAGCUCGGACUCACUCGGCAAGCCAUCGCGAGGAGAAGAAGCGGCGUGUUGUGAUGGGGAACUCGACGUCCAAGAAGUCCGGCAUCAGUCGGCGCCACUCGUCUAGCACUCGCGAGCUCGAAAAGUUGACGCAGCCCACGGGUCUGUACCCGAGUUGUCCAUGGGAACUCAAGACAGCGCGUCGACUCAUCAUGGAGCGCAAGCUGGCGCCACGUUUCCCCGGUCAGGAGACCAAGGAGGGCUGCUUCACACUCGAGUGUCCGAUUUGUUUCAUGUUCUAUCCCGGAAACCUCAACACAUCGAGCUGUUGCACUAAACCCAUUUGCAGCGAGUGCUACCUGCAGAUCCGUCCGCCACAAAAGCCCAUUUGUUGCCCAUUUUGCAACCAAGAUGACUUCAGUGUUCGAUAUGCGUCUCCGUCUCCAGCUGAGCUCGCCACUAUCCGCUCCAUGAAGAAUCUGAGGUCACCGCGUCGAAGCAGCGCCAUUGGCAUCCCCAAGCGCGCAGACUCGGAGCCUGCACCUUCAAGCACACAAAGCGCACAGUACGCGUCGGUGGAGGACCGACACCGUAUCCGCGACUCGCUGCGCUCGCAACUCAGCAUCAGUGACAAGCCCGUGACCAACAGUCCGCACCCGAAUAGUGUCGCAGCACUCAAUGACGCCGCGUCGCAUCUCUUGACGACUCCCGCGGACGCUGCGCGUCUGGAAGAGCUGAUGCUCUUGGAAGCCAUUCGACGGUCCAUGCAGGAUGUCUGUGUCGGGAAGGACGACGAGAGAGGGGGGUCCCAGAGCAGCCGGCAUCCGACACGUGGGAGCGGAGAGGACGAAGACAGCGACAAUGAUUACGCCGACGUGGCGCCGUUGAGUGCGUCUCAGAUCCGAGUGAGCGCCUCGGGUGCAGUCCGCUAUUCGAUUGACUCGAAUCAACACGCGGUGCGUCAUAGCGACACCACCGCCCUAUCGCGAUCAUCGACCAUGCAGAGCUGGAAUCCGCUGGACACUUGAGACUGACGGAUGGACGUUGUGUGUGGAUGCUGCGUGGCAAGAUGGUGACGUGUACGUCAUACGAAGAGCAAGAGAAAAGGGCGCGAACGAGGACGACGAAGGGAAGGCGCUCGUUAAGUUAUUUGCCGUGCUCAGUUUUAUAAAAGUCGUUUUCUUUAAA